AUGUACGACAAGGUCGUGUCAUUAGGCACCCGCCUGCACUACCCCAUCACCAUCACCAAGCUGCUCAAGAAGCCAGGCGACAACAUAAAAAAGCAAGAAACAAUCAUAGAGUACAAGUUUACAUGGAGGAGACGCGUUGGCGAGGAUAAUUGGACCGAUGAGACCACCUACACCGAGUACGACAGCCCGGCUGAGGGCACCCUGAAGGAAUGGCGCAUCAAGGAAGGCAUGGUCAUCAACGCCGACACCCCGUGCAUGACCGUGCAGGAAGCCUGUGGCCAUGAGGUUCAGAUCCAGGGCCUGUGCAGCUUGUGCGGCGCCGACAUGACGGAGAUCAACUGGGCCAGCGAGGAAAGAGACACGGAACGCGCCAUGAUCAACAUGACACACGACCAGACCGGCCUCAUGGUCAGCGAGAGCGUCGCGAUGAAAGCCGAGAACGAUACCCAGAAGCGUCUUUUGCGCCAGCGCAAGCUCAGUCUCGUCGUCGAUCUCGACCAGACCAUCAUCCACGCCUGUAUCGAGCCGACCGUCGGCGAGUGGAUGCGCGAUCCCUCAAACCCGAACCACAACGCUGUCAAGGAUGUUAAGAGUUUCCAAUUGAGUGACGACGGGCCGCGCAGCUACGUGACCGGUUGCACCUACUACAUAAAACUCCGCCCGGGGCUAGAGGAAUUCCUCCAAGAGAUCAGCACCAUGUACGAGCUUCAUGUCUACACCAUGGGUACGAGAGCUUACGCGCAAAACAUUGCUCGUAUCGUGGAUCCGGAUAAGAAGCUCUUCGGAAAUCGUGUCAUCAGCCGUGACGAGAAUGGAAGCAUCACUGCCAAGAGCUUACAGCGUCUCUUCCCCGUCAGCACCAACAUGGUGGUAAUUAUUGAUGACCGUGCUGAUGUCUGGCCUAUGAACCGCCCAAACCUGAUCAAAGUAGUCCCAUACGACUUUUUCAAGGGAAUAGGCGAUAUCAACUCGAGCUUCUUACCUAAGCGGACGGACAUUGUGCCCUCUCCAACAAAUGGCACCCUUGAAACCACUACGAAUGAGGAUGCUAAGUUGGAGACUGACGAUAAAGCUGCUGUCAAGGCAUCUCCUCUUGAUGAGCUUGCUCGGAUGAGCGGCGCCGACGAUGAAAGUAGCUUGCAGAGUAAAACCGAGGAGCAGGAGAGAGUGUUGGAGAAGCAGUUGACAGACCGGCCUCUUCUGCACAUGCAGGAAGAGCUGGAUAAGGAGGAGGGCCAACCAGGCCAGGAAAACGAACCUGGCGAUCACCACCACAGACAGAAUCUGCUUACGGAUGACGACGAGGAGCUUAUCGCGCUCCAAGACCAUCUUACAGACCUGCACAGCGCCUUUUAUGAAACCUACGACAAGAGAAGAGAGGAGCGCAGAGAGUCAGAUCCCAAGCAUCGACCUGGGGACAGCAAGACAAAACAAAGGCGGAGAUCCAUCGAUGACGGGGUUGACCUUUCAAUGGUACCCGAUGUUGGUGACAUCUUGGACGAGCUCAAGUCAAAUGUGCUUAGUGGACUGGUCAUCGUUCUGUCUGGUCUUGUUCCGCUUGGAGUUAACAUCGAAGAGUCCGAGAUCGGAAUGCAGGCGCAGAGCCACGGCGCGCAGGUUGUCGAAAAAGUCACCAAAAGAGUCACGCACCUCGUUGUGUCGACAGCUCGCCCUCGAACCCAGAAGGUGCGGGCAGCUGCAAAGAUUCCCAGUAUCCAUAUCGUGAACCAAAAUUGGUUGAUAGACUCUCUCAGCCAAUGGAGGCGCCUUGACGAGCAGCCAUACUAUAUCAAUGUGUCUGCUGCUGACAGGGCCGUCUCGGAGGAGCAGAUGGAUACGUCCGAGGCUGAAGAUAAUGACACGGCUAAAGAUCUCAAGGAUAUGGACUGGGAUGCAGCUGACAAGGAGAUGCUCGACUUUCUGGGUCUCGAGGAUGACGACGAAUUGGACGAUGAGGAGACUGAUGCCAGCGAGGACGCAGACGGGGAGCUGAGUGGAUCAGAAGCCGACAAAGACGGAGAUUCAGACAGCGGCGAGUCAGAGCGGAAGACCACUACACUGUCUGUCGGGUUGAAGCGUAAGGCUCCCCCCGAUGAUGGCGACAGCGGGUCGGAAGCCGAUGCCCCUGCUGGAGAGAGCAUUCUUGCCAAGAAGCAGAGGGUGGCACGCAACCGAGGAGCCUCAGGCCUUAGGUCUGUCCACACAUCUAAUGAAGACCUGGAUGAUGAAGAGAGCCAGAGCCUACCAACGCCCGUUCCAACAACAGCCGAUGAUGAGCUAUCGCCCUCGCAACUCCAGGCGCAAGAGCAGGAGGAGAUGGAUAGCUUAGAGGCCGACCUGGAGCGGGAGAUGAUGGCCGAGUUGGAAGGCAACGAGUGA